AUGGUAAUGGAACGGGCGGAUUGGGAGAGCUACCGCGAGCGAAUGUUGAAGCGUAUUAGCGAGUUUGAGAAGUCAAAAGCCGCUUUUGAUGAAGAGAAGGCAAAGUUCGAUGUUGACAAGAAAGCGGAGGAAUGGGGGCGUGAGGGCCUGAAAAACAAACUUCAAGCUGCUGAACAGCAGCUGGCUAAGGAGAAAGCCGAGUUCAAGCGCAUGUGUGAGAAAGACAAUGAACGCGCGUUCGCGGCUCGUAACAAGAUUGUCGAUCUUGAAGCCAAGGUUGUUGAGCUUACUACGAAGGUUGAGGAUGCGCAAGCUGCACAGGCUGCUAAGGAGCAGAUUGAGGUUGAGUUGGCUGAUGUGAAGUUGCAGCUGUCGAGCAAAGACAAGGAUCUGCAGGCCAAGGAUGUCGAGAUCGCUGAACUGAAACACCGCCUGAAUGAUCAGGUUGAUAAAUGCGAAUCCUUGGAAAUCGACCUUGCAGCGGAGAUAGUUAAAGCUGCCACUGCUGAGGAAGCGCGUGAUGUUAGUACUGCCGCCCUCAAUGUAGCGCAGACUAACUAUUCUGAAGCUCAAGGCAUCGUUGAUACGCUUGUUGCCAACUCUGUCCUUAAUGCUGGAGAGCUAGAUUGCACUGUUGCUGCUUUGACAAAUGCCGCGCGCGCAGUUGGUCAUCGAGGAGGGUAUCUGGAAUGUGCGCAACAUGUUGAAGAGCGCCUCAAGGCCAUUCUCGACCCACCGAUAACUGUUGAACUAUCAGAUGAGGAGGAGCCAGCUGGUGAUGAUGGUGGAAACGAUGGUGAUGACGGUGGAAACGAUGGUGAUGACGGUGGAAACGAUGGUGAUGACGGUGAUGAAGGCGAUCAACGUGAUGGUAGUGAUGAAUUUGAAUAG